UUUUUGCAGAAAGGAGCUAAAGCUGCCAAUCAAUUUUGCAGCUCUUACUUUUUAAGCAGUUCAGUCAUGUACAUGAUCAGAGACAUGAGGAUACAGUUUGGAACAUUGCUGGCAGACAUUGGGCUCAUUGAUCUUCCAAAGAAAUAUCAGGCUGAGGGAAAAAAGAAAGAAAAGCUUGACAGUUGGUUUUCUGAUAAAUCACAACCAUUCAAUAUGUAUGCUCAUCAUUCGUCAAUUGUGAAGGCAAUAUUAUGUGCAGGUUUAUAUCCUAAUGUAGCUGCCACUGAACAAGGCAUUGCCGGAACGGCUCUCAAUAAUCUUAGGAAGUCCAGUACUUCAGUAAAGGGUCAUCCAGUCUGGUAUGAUGGAAGAAGAGAGGUUCACAUACAUCCUUCUUCAAUCAACAAUAAUUUAAAAGCAUUUCAGCAUCCAUUCUUGGUCUUCCUUGAAAAGGUUGAAACCAAUAAAGUAUUUCUGCGAGAUACUACGAUCAUCUCUCCCUUCUCUAUUUUAUUGUUUGGUGGCUCCAUCAGUGUUCAGCACCAGACUGGACAGGUCAAUAUAGAUGGAUGGUUAAACCUUAAUGCCCCGGCCCAAACUGCUGUUUUGUUUAAGGAACUGCGAGUAACUCUUCAUUAUAUUUUGAAGAAGAUGAUUAGAAAUCCUGAGAAUUCAACGAUUGUAAAUAAUGACGUUGUCAAGUCUAUGAUCCAUUUGUUGUUAGAAGAAGACAAACCCCAGAAGUAAUUUAUCAGCACCAGGCACGGCACAGGUUAUCUAUGUAAAAUUUGCCGAAGUGAUCACUGUAACCCCUUGUUGGGUAUGCAGAUGUAAUGGGUAUACUUACAUUCUACAGCCGCU